AUGCUAGCCUACCAGAUGUCCCCCGACAUAUCCAGCCACUUCGCCACGGCGGACAUCUUCAGCACCGCACAGCUCCUGCAACAACAGCUCUCCGAGCUCGAAGAACGCUCCCGCAUGAGCGCGGAGAGCGAGGCCCGCCGCAUCCUCCACCGCGCCGGCCUGCAGCGCAUGCUCGCCGAGUACACCGCCGUCGAGUCCGCCGAGGCGCGCGCCACCGCCGACCUCGCCGCCACGCUCGCGCGCCUCCGCAGCGCCAACCGCACCUCCAUCACCCAGUCCCAGUCCCAAUCGCAGUGCCAUCUCCCGCCGCUCCGGGCGCCCUUCCCCUUCGCGCGCAAGCUGCAGCUCGGCCUCCAAACGAGUACCCCACCAGCAAGCCCCUCCUCUCAGGACGCACGCCGCGGAUCCCCGGCGACAGCGCCCCCGGGCGCGGGUCCUGGGGCCGGUGUUCAAGCGCAAGCGCAAGCACGCUGGAGCGGGUCCUCGCCGUUCGCCCGGCUCGCCCGGGACGCGCUCUUCGAGUGCUCGUCUCCGCGGGGGCCGCUGUGCGCGGCCCGCACAGACGCAGACGCGGAUCCCCGGCAGCCGACGGGGGGCCUGCCGCCCACGCCCGCCUCGCCCGCGACGCCCAUGACCGAUGCGGAGGCCGCCCUCGCGCGCACGCUGCACGCAUUCUUCGCGUCGGACCUCCCGGCGCAGGAGCCGGACGUCUCGCUCUCCUCGCAGUACUCCGCGGGGCCUGCGGACGUCUCAUUUGGGCUUGGGCAGCCGGGGAGCGAUGGGGAGACGGGUACGCCGACGAGGGGGGCGCGGCUGUCGCUGCUCGAUCCGAGCCUGCGCGCGGUCGCGCUGGGCGAUCAUGUGGUCACCGCUGCGCGCGGGACCGACGUGGACAUGCCUGCAAGCCCGGCCCUGGAGAACGAAGUGUCCGAAGCGGACGCACGCGACUCUGUGCGAGCGAGCGUGGUGGCUGGGCUCUCCGCGGCGCUGGCGGGGCGCCUGGCGAAGGCGACGUUCGUGCGCGUGUGCGCCCGCGGGACGCCGGCGACUGGGCGUGCGGAUCGUCUUGGGGAACACGAGAUUGGGCCGGCUGCCGAGGAGAUGCGGGUGGAUGAAGAUACGGAGGAGGCGGAGGGGGAGGGCGCUGGGAGGGGGCGCUGGUCACGACCGUCUCUCUUGCACCGAUUGUCUGACGCCGGGGCUAAGGUCCACAAGAUGAAGGCCAGGCUGAGCAGGGGUGGGGUCACCGACACCAGAGUGACCCGGAGCCCGAGGCGUGCGCGGCCGGCCGGGGUCUACGGGAAGUGUGGCCUCAUUGGUGGGCAGGUGAAGCUCGUCUUGGUUGUGGGGAGACGGCGGAUGUCCAUGAUGGCGGACAGGGUGCACGGCACCCGCAGGUCAAGCCUCCGUGACGAUGACCUCGUCGCGGCCGCUCGUGACGCCGUGCGGGAGGGCUCGUUCUCCAUCGAGAGCGUUGUGGCGGUGGCGGAGAGCGUAUGA